GGGUUAAUAACUCGUACAUCCUCAAACUCCUCUCGAGCUCGCUCGCUCUCUCUCUCUCUCUCUCUCUCUUCCCCUUCCUUUUCUUCUUCUCCGAUCUGAAAACUUUCACUGUCAGAAAUAAAUCGCUAACAACUCGCAGAGAUCUCCUCCUCUGAACCCCUCUAUACGAUCUCUUCGAACCUUUGCUAAUAAACGUUUCGAUCGUUUAUUUUUCUCUUUCUUUUCUUUCUUUUUUUAAAUUUUUUUUUUCUGGGUUUCUUAUUCUCUUCAAAACCCACAUAAACAUUCUUAGGGUUUCCACGUACCCUUUGAAAACCUAUUUCAAGACCAGGCUGUGUGAAAUUUGUUUGAAUGAUCUUGCAACGACAGCUGAAACAUGGCCUCAAGUAUGUAUUCUGGAGACAGAAGGUGGAAAAGAGGUACCUUGACUCCUAUUGGGAAAAUUGUUGUGCCAAAGCCUAUUAACCUACCUAGUCAAAGGCUAGAAAAUCAUGGUUUGGACCCUAGCGUGGAAAUUGUUCCCAAGGGUACACUUAGCUGGGGAAGUAAAUCCUCUUCUGCAUCAAAUGCAUGGGGCUCAUCCUCACUUUCUCCAACUGGUGGUGGUACUGGUUCACCAACUCAUCUCAGCGGCCGUCCUUCAUCUGGAAGUGGCACUCGACCAUCAACUGCAAGCAGUGAUAGAAUUCAUGAGCCCAUUGCUAACACAAGUGGUCAGAAUUCUAGGCCAUCAUCAGCUUCUGGGGCAUUGGCAACAAAUCAGACAUCACUGACUUCCUUGCGUCCUCGCAGUGCUGAAACAAGACCUGGUAGUUCGCAAUUAUCACGGUUUGCUGAACCCUCUGAACAUUCAGUGGCAUGGAAUGCUGCUGGAACUGCUGAAAAAUUGGGAGUGAUGCCGCCCAAGAAUGAUGAGUUUUCACUUACUUCCGGAGACUUUCCAACACUUGGUUCUGCAAAAGAGAAUUCUGGAAAGAAUGCCGACUCACAAGAUCAGAGGUUGCACGGUCGUCCUGGCUCAUCUUCUGGUGGAGGAACAACAAAAGAGAGGAUUGAGACUUCCGUAGCUGGUGAUGCUUCUGUACAUGCAAAUGCAAAGAGUGGCACAGUCAAUUCUUGGAAAAGAGACAAUCCACCAUACAGCGAUGAUGGAGGUAGACCUGGUAUGGAGAAGUGGCAGGGAAAUUCCCAACCGUACCCUAAUGCUAGUGUACCUUCGCAGCAUUAUGAUGCUUGGCAUGGUGCUCCACUAAACAAUCCUCAAGGAGGUGUUUGGUUUAGGGGGCCCCCAGGAGGGCCUCCUGGAGGGCCAGGAGGUCCCCCAUAUGGAAACCCAGUUGCUCCUGGUGGAUUUCCUAUGGAACCAUUUCCAUAUUAUCGUCCACAGAUUCCAGCUGCCGGUCUUGCCAACCCACAGCCAGUUCCCCCACCUGUAGCUGGUCCAAGAGGACACCACCCUAUGAAUGGAGAUAUGUACAGACCUCAUAUGCCUGAUGCUUAUAUGCGCCCAGGAAUGCCAAUUAGACCUGGUUUUUACCAUGGUCCAGUGCCUUUUGAGGGAUAUUACAAUCCUCCAAUGGGCUACUGCAGUUCAAAUGAAAGAGAUGUUCCAUUUAUGGGAAUGGCAGCUGGUCCCUCUGUUUAUAAUAGGUACUCAGGUCAAAAUACUCCUGAGCCUGGUAAUUCCCAUGGCAGAUCCACUGGACAUGGCCCUGCCAACCAAACUUUGAUAGCAGAAAAAGUGGAAUCUGGUCAUCCACAGGAUACUCGAGGGCCAUACAAAGUUCUUCUGAAGCAGCAUGAUGGUUGGGAUGGAAAGAAUGAGGAACAAAGAAGUGAAGGCUCUGGAGGGGACCAACCAAGAGCAUCGUCCUGGGAGAACAAUUGGAGGCCAGAUCACAGGAACGAUGGGGAGAGGGAUUUAAGAAAACCAGCACUUGGUGAGGAAGCUUCUUCUCAGACUUUUGAUGACCAAUGUACUUCUGCUUCUGUUCCUGCCCAAGUAAAAUCUCAUGGAAGUGCAGGGAACAUGAAGCCUGUUGAUGACAUUUCUGUAAAGAAAUUGGAAACUGAAGCACUUGGUUUGUCAAAAACACAUCCACUCCCAGCUGGUGCGAAAGAUUCCAGUCUGAUCCAAAAGAUAGAGGGAUUAAAUGCAAAAGCACGUGCCUCUGAUGGGCGAAGUGAUGGCACAUCUAUUUCAAGUGGGGACCGGCAACUCAAUAAAUUUCAGGGUAAUCCAAAAGCUCAUCAGACUGAAACUGCCGCUCAUGCUUCCCAUGUAAGUGGCAUUUCUGGUGGAGAUAAGCGUCUUGAUGCAACUGCUGGCGUGAGAACAACCAUGUCCAGGAGAUCUACACAAGGUAUGCAAGGCAAAGGUGAUUAUCAUGGCAGAGGAAGAUUAAAUACCCAAGAGGCUGACAGGUGGCAAAAUAAAUGCUCAAACGCAGAUUCUCCGGUAAUUCCAUCUACGCAUUUGGAAACUUCUAAUGUUGAGCAUGCUCACCAUACAUCUGUAGAGGCUACUGAGAAGCCAGCGUCAUAUCCUCAUGGUAGAGGAGAGGGAGAAUCUGUGCCUCCAGAUUUGGACUCCAAUGAUAGCCAGGCACAGCGUGCUAAGAUGAGGGAGCUAGCCAGGCAACGUACUAGACAACUACAGGAGGAAGAGGAGGAGCGGACUAGAAAGCAGUUGGCCAAGGCUCAUGCGAAAUUGGAAGAGUUGAACAGGCGUACACAUGCCGUGGAAGGGUCAACUCAGAAGUUGGAAAAUGCUUCAAGUGCAAUACAGAGUAAGCAAGAAGAAUCUCAAACUUCUGGUGAGACGGUGAUUGCUGGUAGGAGAUAUGGGCCUACAAAGUCAGCAUUAGGUUCUAAACUGAAUAAUGUUGCUGAGUUUAAUGAAGGCAGUGCCACCAGAUUUGAAGAGUCCCCCAUUUCAUCGAGUGAACAGUUUCUGGAUGCACCAAAGAGUAGUCGCAGGGAACAUGUUAUGAUGCAUGAACAAUCUGUGCCCUUGCAGCGGGAGGAUACAGGAGCUAAUAGUGCUCAUCAUAAUUUUUCUUCCCAAGUUCAUGAAAGUAACUCCUCCAAGCCAAGGCGUAUGGGAUUCAAACAGAAGCAGACCAAUCCAUCAGAAAAGAUUUCUACUGAGAAGUUUGUUUCUGCCGCAACUAGUAUAAAUGAGGCGCUAAAAAAUCAGUCAGAUGCAGCAGAUCAAGUCACGGUCUCUCUUGGAGUUGCAGUUAAUGAAGUUGUCUUGACUGGUGACUCAAGCUUGCCUGUUAAUUCAAAUGCCAAUGCUGAUUCAUCUGGACAUGCUAGAAAGAAAAAUAACAGGAAUGGCAAGAACAAGCACAAAGUGGAAGAUGCAUCGCCAGUGGCUGCAUUGCCAUCAUCAGCAUCAAAAGAAAAUAUUGCAAACACUUCUGUUGAUGGUGGUAAGCCAAAGGCAGCUAAGUUUGAGUUGGAUCCUAGCUCAUUUCAGUUACCAACUAUAUCUAAAGGUGCAGAUCAGUCUACAGAUCAACAUUCAUCUUUACCGAAUGAGGAAAUUCAUGGUAGAGUAAAUAACCAGUGGAAACCUCAGCAGUCUCGCAGGAUGCCUAGAAAUCCACCAGUUAAUAGAUCCACAGAGAGGUCACAUGGCAGUGAUGCUGUUGUCUGGGCGCCUGUGAGGUCACAGAGCAAAACUGAGGUCACUGAUGAAGCCAGUCCUAAAAAUGUAGUUGAGGCUGUUAGUGUUGCUGUAAAAUCUGAUCAUCAAGUGCAGAAUAAUUCUAAAAAUAAGAGAGCAGAAAUGGAGAGAUACGUUCCAAAACCUGUAGCCAAAGAAAUGGCACAGCAGGGAAGUAGUCAUCAACCUCUGGCUGCUACAAUCAAUCAGACUGCAAGUGAUGAGACCACUGUGAGAGCAGAUACUGGUUCCCAAGGUGUUGAUAGUCCCCAGUCUGCUGGAGUGGCUGUUGGGAAAGCAGGGUAUGCCACAGAAUCCAUGAAUGGGAGUAGCCGGCAGAAUAAGCAGGGAAAAGCACACGGAUCAUGGUGGCAACGAGUAUCAACAGAAUCAACCAGCGUGCAAGGGUUGCAAGAUGGACCCACAAAUGCUUCAAAUCUUGGACAGUAUGUUCAAAAGUCUAAUGAGCAUUCCCAAAGACCUGAUAUGAGCUCAGUGAAAGAGCAACCAAAUAGUUUUGAUGAAUGGGAUACUUCUGAUGGUUGGGGCAUUUCCAACACCUCUAACACUGUGGAACCAGGCUCAGUAACUGUGAUAAAGGAUCAGGGAGUAAUAGCAAGGGGAAAGCGCCAUGCAUUCAAAGGACACAAAAGCAUGGGAAAUAAUCACGAUCUAGUUCAAAAGAAAAAUCAUGGUGGGGAUGCCGAUAAAAUUUAUGCUCAAUCUUCAGUUUCUGAGAUGAGUCAAACAGACCUACCUGCUGCUUCAAAAGAAAAUCGAGGUAUUGGAGAACGUUUAGUGUCUCAUUGGCAACCCAAAUCUCAGGCAUUUUCAGCUAGUAAUCAACGGGGAAACAGGCAUAAUGGUGGUCAAACUUUUGGAGAUGAAAUUAAUCGCACUAGCAGGAAAGAGUCCAGUACCCAGGAUGGGGUGCUUCCACCAAUGCACAAGGAUACUAGUGAAAUUGCGGGCCAGCAUCACCGUGGUCAAUCAAACUCUAAAAGAAGCAAUGCCGACGAAACACCAGAUCUGGGGCAAUCAGAGGCUAAGAGGGAAAGAAAACCGGCACCUAGGGGACGUCCCCAUUCCCCAAACCAAGGUCCUAUCAACCAAGUUGAACCAGCACCAGUGGGUUUGGAUGCUAGACAUGAGCAACAAAUGGCCUCUGGAUUCCGUAGAAGUGGACACCAGAACAGCCGUUUCGGCAGAGGUCAAGAGUCUCGUGGGGACUGGAAUUAUUCUGGACAAGAUAAUAGUCAAUAUAAUCCACCUGCCAACCGGGAAAGGCAAAGGCACAAUUCCCAUUACGAGUACCAACCAGUUGGGCCAUACAACAAGUCCAACAACUCUGAGGGACCUAAAGAUGGUACUCAUCAGAACACUGGUGCAAGGGUAAGGGACAGGGAGAGAGGCCAGAGUCACUCCAGACGUGGUGGGGGAAAUUUUUAAGGUAGGCAAAGUGGCAAUGUUCGAGUAGAUGCCAGUUACGAGUAGUGGGUUGAAGAAAAUCUUUAAAUGGGGUUCAUGUCGAUGAGGAAACCACUUCAUUAUUAGCGGUGGCUUGCUCACCCUGUUUUCAGGGUGGUGGCAAAGUUUGACGAUGAGAGAGCCAAAAUGUGGGGAGUUGCUUGGGGGUGGUACUAGGAAGUGGCUUAUUUUCUUUCUUUUUUUAUUUUUAUUUUUUCCUUUUUUUGUUUGUUUUCUUUAACAAAAUGUAACUGAUGUGAACAUGUAAUUUGGUCGCAGUUUGUAGGCUGUGGAACCCUAGAGAUGUUUCUUGGAGCCUUGUAUUUACUGUGACAAUUAUUGCUCUUCCUUAAAUGUUGAACACAGAGAGAAGAGAAUGAAUCAAAAAAAAGAGUUUCUUCCUCUCCCACUACUUGCCUUGAUGUCUAAUUUGUUUUCUGGGCUUGGUUGAUGUGGAGAAUGUAAAAACUGUUUGGUAGAUAUAGUUUUGGUGUCUAUUUUAACACCACAUUUUAAUGUGAUAAAAGCAAGUUUUAAUUAUUAAUUAAAUUUAUUGUUCUUUGUUUUUA